UUUUAUGGCCUUAGAGGCCUUUAUUUGAAAGUGGACGAACAGGAAAUGGGUUUGAGAGAGGGGGAAGACAUGUGGCAGGUCCACUGGCCAGCAGUCAAUCUGGGAUAGGCGUGUGUAAGUGUAAAUGUAAUGGAGGAUGUGGCCUAAGGAGAUCAACGCCCUUUAUCAAGGUGGGCAUAGUUAUUAGCCCCAAAUAGCCCAAAAAGAGAUUUAUCUGACACUUAAAAGCCAAACAUUGUUUCAUAGGGAGGAAGAACUGUGAAGAUAUUGGGGCGUGACUUCAGAACCAUCUGAAGUCUUGUGGCAAAUACUUGGUAGGUGCAAAAGAAAGGUGCUGAGUAAAUUUAGAAAAAGGAAAAUUGCCUGCUAAAUAUGAGAUGAAUUAAAGUGGAAGAAAACCAGGAGUUCAUUCUCUCAAAGUGCUGUCAUACAAUGCACCGCAUGGCUCGCCUGUAAAGAUGACUACAAGAUGACACGGGCCGCUUCCUGACUGGCCUAAACUCCAUCAAGAAGUUGUAGAUGUUUGUAAAAGACAACAGUCCACUUCUGGUAGGCUUUGGCUGCUUCCAUCAGAUCGGUGCAAAACCAGGAGUUCAGUCAGAACAUGUGACUGAACGCCAGAUCUCCACCUGGUUUAAAUGUUGGAGACACAUACCAAUGGAUGGUAGAAGAGAGGCCCCAGACUCCUGAACAAUGUGGUUUAGUGAAGGGAUACAGAACAGUCACUGAAUCUGGGCUUUUCCUCACUGCCUCUGCUGCUUGUCUUUAUUUGGGGGGGGGGGGGCAGCAAUUAUUGUCCAUCUGACACAUUUACACUUAUAGAUUUGUAAAAGCCUAAAUGAUUUGUUUCUAACCCUACAAUUGAAAGGGUUUGCAUUUUUCCCCGUUUUCUUUCUGGCCAUGACUGAAAUCAGUCGGCUGCAGACGUUGCUGUCUAACCUGACAGGCUGACAUACAACUGCUCUAACAGAAGAUGCCAGGGGCUACUUUCUGCUCGGAGCUUUGAUGAGCAAGCUCCUUUUCUGGCUCACUGUUUAAGUAAUUAUCUGAUUAUUUUUGCUGAGCUCUGCCUGCGGCUGCGCUGCCUUUCUACACUUUAUUGAGAUGAGCCGGAUUCAGGCGUGCAAGCUUAGCAGAUUGUGCUCCAGCUCUGCAGGGCGAGAGCUUCUAGAGGAUUCAGCGACGAGGAAGAGAAGAUAUGCUGACGGUGCUGGUUCUGGGAUGGACUGCGUUGCUUUCUGGCCUCCCAACUGCAGCCUCCUCUUUAAUAUCAAGGUUUUACUUCUUUCCGUUAUCGGCUUGCAUGCAGGAUUUCCUGUGAGUAGAGGCAGCAAGUGGUCGGCUCGGAAAUGUGAACUCUUCAUCCCACCUCCUCUACCUCCUCCUAUGUUUCCUCCAAUCAAACGCAAAGCAGAACUGAUGGUUGAUAUGACAGAACACAUCACAGGACCCAUAGGAGAAAAGGGCUGCAGAGGGCCGAGAGGAGCAAAGGGUAAGCCAGGUGUGAUGGGUCCACAAGGAGAACCAGGACCACAAGGUCCUCUGGGAAAGCCAGGCCAAAAGGGAGAGAAAGGUGAGCGUGGCUGGAGAGGCUUGUAUGGAGACAUCGGAACUCCUGGGAUGAUAAAGGGCAUCAAAGGACAUCCAGGAUUCAGGGGCGAUAAGGGUCUGAAAGGAUACAGAGGCCCCCGUGGAGAGAAGGGUGAGCCGGGCAUCCCUGGGACAACUGGAGAAAAGGGAGACCAGGGCCAGAAGGGGGAUAGAGGUCUGAUGGGGGAGCAAGGACCCAGAGGAGAGCCAGGAGCCAGAGGAAAGAUAGGGUUAAAAGGAUCUAUUGGACCAACAGGGGAAGUGGGACAUCGCGGUGUGGCAGGACUGCAUGGUCUGCCUGGAGAGCCUGGACUACCUGGACAAGUGCACAUCCUACCAGGCAUGCAGGGAGACUCAGGCAGCCGAGGACCCCCGGCCCCCUGCAGUUGCCCGAAGGUUCAAAGUCCACAGAGUCCGCUGGACAACGUCCUGAUGGUCUUUGUUGCUGAUGGAGAGAAAGAGAUGAGGCGGCUGCGGGCGGAGAACGUGAUGGUGCUGCGAACGGACAGAAGGGCUCUCUACAUCUAUACAGACUCCCAGUGGAUGAACGUCCUGGAGGGCCGCAGACACUGACACUUACCUCUGGGUGAUCCUUCCAAGCUGAUUGGUCGCUCAUCAGAUCAAAUCCUGCUCAUGCACGAUUUUGUUGGUUUUAAAGAUUUCAGUGAAUCCAGUUGAGAAUUUUUUCAUGCCUGGUAUUUUAUUUUAAAACAUGUUUUUUUUUUUUUUUGUUGUGUGUGUGUUUGAAAUUUUUAAAAUGAAUGUUUUGCUCACGUAAAAACGUGUGCAUCACAAUUGUAAAUUACAGCUGUUAACUCUCAGUUCAUACAAAGACAUAAAUAAAAAAACUUCACACUUAAACAAAAAUAGUUUUUCCUGAGAACAUUUGUGAAUGGGUGUCUGAUCAAUAGAGCAUGAAUCCAUACUCUGUUUAAC